ACCCGCGUCACGCCCUCUCACUCACUCUCACUCCCGCGUCCACUCAGUAUCAGCUAGUCCACGAUUGCAUACGCACGCUGCCGCUCCAUCCAGUCUCUUGGCUCCAGAAUGUGAGCUGUAGACAUUCUAAGCUUCUCAUCGCGUAACUCCUGUAAGAUGUGAGGUGGUCGGCGUGCACAGACCAACGUGUGCUGAGUUCCAUUCCGAAACGUGUGCCAACUGUCGGCUAUCGGGUGCGAGCGCCGUACUCAUUCAGUCACCAACAUCUGAAGGCCGCGAGGACUGCUUGAGCCGCUGCCAUGGGGCUGGGCACGUUGGACGUGGUGAUGCUGGUGCUGUCGCUCUUGGCGAGUGCCGCGGUGGGCGUGUACUACAGCGUGUUGGGCAGAAAUUCCACGUCACUGGAGUACUUGCUCGGGGGACGCACCAUGAAGCCGCUGCCGCUGGCCCUAAGCCUGAUGGUGGGUACCGUGUCAGCCAUCACCAUCAUGGGCAACGCGGGUGAAAUGUACGCGUACGGCACUCAAAUGUGGCUCAUGGACCUCGGCAUCCUGCUGGCACUCGUCAUCAUCGCCAAGUUUUUCAUCCCCGUCAUGUACCCACUGGAGCUGAUCUCUCUCUACCAGUACGUGGAGCGCAGGUUCAAGUCUAAAUGCCUGCGACAGGCAACAGCAGUGCUGCAGCUGGUGGGUGGUUACCUGUUCAUCGGGUUCCUGCUCUUCCCGCCCUCCCUGGCCCUCCAGAGCAUGAUAGGGCUCUCCUUCUUCCUCAACAUUAUCAUCAUCGGCAUCUCCUGCACCCUCUACUCCACCUUCGGCGGAGUGAAGGCUGUGGUGUACGCCGACACCCUGCAGGCUGUGGUGAUGAUCGUCGGUGUGCUGGCCAUCGUGAUCCAAGGCGCUAUUAAUAUGGGAGGCGUAGAAAAUGUGAUGGACAUUGCUUACCACGGCGACAGACUCGAGUUUUUCAACAUGAGUCUGAACCCGUACCAGCGUCACAGCUUCUGGCUCUGCGUCAUCUAUGGUUUCUUCUUCACGCUGAGCAACAACGGCGUCAACCAAAGCCAGGUUCAGCGUUACUUUAGCACCGGCAGCGUCAGGAAUGCCCAGUGGGUGCUGUACUACUCAGCCAUCGCUCUGGUCUCCCUGCGCUUCCUCAUCAACAUGUCUGGCCUGGUGAUGUACGCUCACUUCAAGGACUGUGAUCCCAUGGGCAAGGCAGACCCGACCAUUGUGCUAGUCAUCUAUGUGAUGCAGCAGCUCACCAGAAUCCCUGGCCUCGCUGGGCUCUUCGUGGCCGCUGUCUACGCUGCCGUGCUCAGCUCGGUGUCCACGCAGCUUAACUCCAUGACGGCGCUACUGUGGGAGGACUUUCUGAAGGUACUGCCCGUCUUCCGAGGCUGGAGUGAGAUUAAGAUCGGCUACCUGCAGAAAUUUAUAGUGUUCCUUUCGGGUGUGCUGGGCAUCGUGCUGGGCCUGGCGGUGUCACAGUUGGGCAAGUCCUUCCUCAUCACUGUCCUGGCCAUCAACGGUGCGCUCACGGGACCUCUCAUCGGCCUCUUCCUCGUCGCUCUCUUCCUCCCGUGGGUCCCCGCUAAGGGUGCCACGUGCGGCUUUGUCCUCGCCAUCGCCUUCAACGUGAUGAUGGCAGCCGGGCAACUCACUAUCCCCAAGCCUCCCUACCUUCCCUUGUCCAGAGAAGGAUGCCCCGCGCCCCCCAUCGCCAACGUCACCGCCAACGUCACUGCAAUAGAAGACGUCGCCACCACUAUCGCCACUACUCUCGCCCCCACCCUCGCCGAUAUCACUGCCAACAUCACCACCACCAUCACACCUUCACCCGCCCCGCCUGAGAACACCACGGGCGAGUGGCUGUUCGGACUGUCCUACUGCCUCAAUCCAGUUUGGGGCACGAUGUUGUGCAUUCUGCUGAGCGUCGUUAUGUCUGCUAUUACGGGCUACAAUACACCCGAGGACGUGGAAGAAAAAUUGAUCGAUCCCAAGAUUUGGAGGAUAUUCCAGAGGUCGCUCAAACAGCAGAUCAAAGAAUUUUUCUACGAGACCAUUCUGAGAAAGCGAGCGCCAAGGGACCAGAAUGCACGGGGUGCGAGUGAUGAGACCGGGACCAGGGAACCUCUGAACAAUUUCAUGGAGGCCAAAGACAUCAAAGACAACGAGAUUGAUGCGAAAGGCAUGGUAUGAGGCUGAGGGACCUGCAGGGCAUUCGUUGAGGCUUGGUGUUGCGAAGGAGAGAGCGGCAAGCCAGCACUGAUCUCGUUCACAAAAUUAUAUUUGUAAUUUCUCGAGUGAUUCCACAGACUUGAAAUACAUAAUUGCAAAGCAUACUUAAAGACAGCACAGAACUGAAACCCUGGGAAGGAAUGAGUGGUGCCGUCAGUACGCGUGUGUCGUUGAAUAAGUGAGAGAGUGAGUGAAGCAAAUUUGGUUCACUGUGAUUAUUCCCGCGACGUGUGGCGGCACUGUACAGGCCUCAAGGACCGGCUGCUGGGCCGCCUCCUACACUGACUGGCACGCUGAUAACGCUGGGAGUGCCAAAUGUGCAUGAUUCCGCAGAGUGAAUCCACAGCGAGAGGAGCGUGACUGGCGAAGCGGCACUGGCCCUGUGUUCCUCCUGCUGCGGUGUUACCAAACAAUCAUAUGUGUACGCGAGGAGCUGGCUCGUCUGUCAUACUCAUGUAGAUUUAUUUGUCGUUUUCUUAUUAUAUGUGCGUUCAAUGUGAGCAGUGUGUAGUGAGGUAGAACCACCACGAGGAGGCUGGGCCAGCCCUCCCCUGAUGGGACAAAUUGGCCUGCGUGGCGGGACCAUCACGAAGAGAAUGACCUUGGUUGGCCUGACCCUCCCCUGCGGGACGGUGGGCCUGUGUGGCAGCGUUCGGUCCACCUCUCCCUGCCUGGCGAGACACACGAUGGGCGCGGUCCGCUGCAGUCCCGCCGCUGCGGUCUCACCAUCCUGAGUCACUCGAUCGUAACCACAAGUGAGGCUGAUUUUUGGCAUUAUGUCUUAUUAUUUUGUACCAAUGAUUAUUUGUAAACAUGUACGUAGAUGCAAUGUCAAUUAAAUAUUUUGUUAUAAAGUACUUAUGUAAAACGUAAUCACUUAUCUCUAUGACACUAUUACGAUAAUUAUACAAAGAGAACAAAGAUCUGUAAAGUGUUUUGUAAUCAAACCUUUUUUGAUAAUAUAUUAUUUAUAUCAGUAUGUUAUUUUAUUUAUUUUUUUCAUUUUGUUAUUUUUUAUCAUUUAUAUGUAAAGGAGACUCCCCAACGACAUGUGUGUGUGUGUGUGUGUGUGUGUGUGUGUGUGUGUGUGUGUGUGUGUGUGUGUGUGUGUGUGUGUGUGUGUGUGUGUGUGUGUGUGUAAAAAGAAAGUCAGUGCAGGAAGACCCCGCCACCUGUUGCUUCAGGACAGCCACACACAGUCAGCGAUCAUGAAAACAUUUUGUUUAUCCUAUCGCGCUUUGGUCUCGUUAUUAAUUUAUAUCAAAACUGUCAUGUUUGUCUGAAGAUGAUGAAAUACAAUGCACUAUGUACAUAAUCCUUUACUAAACCAACAAGUGUUUGAUGUCAUCAGCUCAUCGCCCGCCUCACUAUCAUAAUGUCAACACGAUGGGUAAGUAAGUCAUCCUUGCUAUCGCCACAACCGCAAUGACCUCACGCAGCUCCCGUGACAGCAAGUCGCUCAUGCGCCCGUCACAACUAGCGUCCUUCUCGUCAGGCACGGAGGCUGUCACUCACGCUAACCAUCAAUGCAUGAACUGAAUGUGCGUGCACUCAAAAUAAAUGAAUAAGAAUAUAAAAAGAAAGAAACGGGAAGAUGAAGAAAGAGAAACAAUAUAUGCAGGAGCAGAACAGCAAGGAACCAUGCCCGUUCUAGGGACGGGGUCCAACCCUGACAUCCUCAAGGAGCCUGCAGUAGCCAUUAAGAUCCCAGAAAUUAUCCUGCUGAUUAUCGCCAUCAUCACUUUUUUCGUGAACAAUGACGGCUCGCCUGCCUACGUUGCCAGCGUCUUGGUGCCAAGCCUCAUCAACGCCAUUGUCUUCCUCACGGUGUAUGUGCUCGGCUACACCCAGCAGAGACAAACGCCAGUGGAACUGGCCCUGUAUUCCUACAACGUCAUAGGCUUGUUCAUCUCCUCCAUCCUCCUCAUGUCUCGCUCCUAUGCCGGUAACCUCAUUGCCAGUGGAGUCUUCUGCCUGUUUCUCACAAUCAUUUACUGUGCCGAGGUCUACUUUUCCUACAUCGCCUUGAUUAACCGACCACCUCAACCCACAAAUGCAUCGACCUUUCCUGAAUCACACCAGCAGCCGGCGGUCAUCUCCACGCCUGUCCUGGAAGUGCACCCGGGCGCGCCGCCGUCCAUAGUGCCUAGAGCCGACGCAGUAGACCUCGGCCCUGGCACACCGCACGCACUGAAUCAUGGCAACUUUUACCAUACCAACCCCGUGUAUCCCGCCACGAUGAACUAUCCGCCCUACCCUGUGCCAAACACUACCACCCUCCCAGGACCUGCCCCUUAGUUAGAUACUCAAGAAAGUCUCGCCCUUACUUAUGUGUACUAGUUCACGGAUAUUCAAGAGAACGUGACUGUAUGUAGGUAGUAUUGUUUUUCAUAUACGUAUAUAAUCAACACACACACACACACACACACACACACACACACUUUAUAACCUCAUGUGUGUGUGUGUGUGUGUGUGUGUGUGUGUGUGUGUGUGUGUGUGUGUAUGUUUACACUUCUGUAAUGUGAUAAUACCUUCGUUAUGAACUUGAACCUUUAAUAUAUUCACGUGACAAGUUAAUCAAAAAAAAACUGUAGCUUGGAAGUUGUCCUGUAUUGCAUGUAUUACAGAUAGGAAAGUGAGUGUACGUGACUAGUCUCUCUCACUUGUUCUUAUAUCUUAAGCAACCUGAAACUUCGAUGUGAGUGUUUUUGGGAAGAUGACGCUUUUAAGAGAGAGAGAGAGAGAGAGAGAGAGAGAGAGAGAGAGAGAGAGAGAGAGAGAGAGAGAGAUUUCAUACAAAAGGUUCCACUCAAUCCUAAGAAACGCCGUGUUUGUAUCAGAAAUAAAAUAGCACAAAAGAAAAAAAUAAAUAAAAAGACCUGCAGAAAAGGGUUUUACUAGUACGUGACCCCAUGAAUGCUCCUCGACGCACAUCUAUCUCCUCGUCCCGACACUUACCUACUUACGGGUCAUUGUUCUAAGAGCCUGUAUGAUGAAGCUGCAUGAACACAACAGUAACACCCGCCUAUAUAGCCUGGUGCCUCGGGAAAGGAGGCCGUGUUUUCGUGGUUCAGUGCGAGGCGCGACGUUCAUUUCCUACCGCAGACUCUGGGACGAGUUCAGGCUUUCGCGAAUGCAGUGGGUAUUUACUCGGUCUCUACAAUGCUUAGAAAACAAAACUGAGUUACGGCAUUGUAAUCCUAGUGUUUUACAUAACUGACUUGGAGCCCAUGCCUGAGAGUGGUAUCCUGGGCCUGGCUGCAGCUGCUGUAUGAUGCCACUAAGACACAUUGCUUUGGACUCUACAUCUCUGCUGGACAAGAAAUAUGAAUUUCCGUCAAAGAAUCGCCUGGCUCUGCCUGGCCCUCUACCUUGCCUCCUCAUUUGCAGCUGUGUAUUAUUUUCUUGAUAUCGCUGAUCAGUUUGCUGAGUUUUCGAUGGAGCAUUCCAAACUGCACCAAGCAUCAGACUCUUCUGAUGUGUCAUUGUGGAGGUUUUGGCAUCACAUUGGAGAUGUCCCAUUCCACAUUUUGGUGCUUAUUUUUGCAAUUCCUUAUUUGCAGGUGUUUGCAGCACUUUUUUAUUGCACACUUCCUACCAUUGAUAAAAAUGUUAAUAAGUGCCUUAUACCAGUCAUAGGAUGGAUGUACAUGUUUCAAAAAGUUUUCUCUCUCUUCAAAAAUCACAGGGACUUAGAUAUGAAGAGAGACAAUCCUCAUACUGUUAGUAUAUCAUGACUGUUAAUAAUUUUUGUUGCAUAUUUAUUGUUAACUUGCUGUACAAAUAUUUGGCUUAUCAUGGUUCUUACUGGUCAAGUUUUGCAGCAUUCACCUUGGAGUAGAGUGCUCCAAGGACUCUUGAUGCAAGUGUUCUCAGCUCUUACCUCUAGAGGGAACAUUAGUCUUAAUCAAUUAAUUCAUGUAUUCUGGCGAGUUGAUUCAUACAGCCCAAGUACUCUUGAAUCAGCUCAGUCUGCUAUUAAUUGUUAGGCAUCCAUUUAGCACCAAGGUUUGAUUGUUAAGGAAGCACAGACUCACAACCUGGCAUCACUUUGUCAGCUUGAUCAUACACACUCAUACACCUCAGCUCAGAUGGUUCAGAGAGACACAGCCCUUCCUUUACAUCUAUGACACAAGUUCUCCUGUUUGGUUGUGAUAGUUUAGUCAAAUUCAUCAGGGCAGAGCAUUCUUGGCCUUGUAUGAGGUGAGGCUGAGGUUUUUGCAAUGAUGAUGUUUGAUGUACACAAUACACUUUGGCCUCCAGGGUUUAUUUAAUGAUGGAAUGCAGUUCAGUUGAGGCCUUAAGAUGUCAAUAUGCUGGCUUUUGUUCAGUAGCUAGUCCUUUUAGGAGAAGGCUCAGUAAUGUUACUUUAUAAAUAAACCAAAUAUUAUUUUGUAUUUUUGAUCCUUUAGGUUAUAUGAUGUGGGAAGGUUAUGUGUUAUUUGAAUAUAAACAUAUGCAGGAUGAUUUUUCAUGGUAAAGGUUUCUCUUAUUAAUGCAAUUGUUUGUGAUGUACUGAAUUCCUGUCUAUCCUGGCAAAAAUCACAAUGUUUUAUUGUUCUUAAUAUAGAUUUUUUUUUUUUUUUUUUUUAUAACAAUGUAUUGUGUUGGCCAGUCUCAUGUUGUCUUGGUCUGGCUAUUUUGGCCCCAAAGGCUGCCUGUCCGUCCAUGAGGAGGAAAUUAUUAAGAGUGGAUAGUGGUGUGGACUCCCUUUAGCUGGCCAGCUACACCAUGCAUUGGAAAUAUGUUACCUUGUUUGGGAGUUUGAUGAAGUAUUUUAUGAAAUCCAAAUAUAUAGCAUUAUUAUGUGGUACAGAAGUCUUUCAGCUGUACAUGGGACAGGAGUUACCAGAUCAUUGUGGAAACCAUUAAUGCGUAAAAUGAAUUGCAUGAUUCAGUAAGAAUUAACUGAAAAAGAGCUGAAUUCCAUGCAAAAGAAAAAAAACAGCUUUUUUACUGAUGUCCCUACCAAACAAUGAAUAAAAUGCUGAUGUCUGGAAAUAUUUAUAUGCUGGCUAAUAAGAAUUGUAGGUUUCAAAAAUUUUGUUAAUGAAAUGUAAAUAUGUAUGUAUAAGACUAACAUGGUCUAAAAUGUAAGUGGAGUAAGUUAUGAAUUGGACUUCCAGAGUGGAUUACACAUGUACACAUCAAGUCAGUGUACGUAAGGGCAUGAGUUGAAAAACUGCAUUGUUGAAGGACUUCUGUACAGACAGUUAUCUUGCUUCUGUACUAACAAUUCUUUGAGUGCCCACUUUUUUCUGUCUCUCUGUAGUGGAGUCAAGGUGAUGCAAUGUAUAAGCUGUUAUGGUUCAAAAGGUUCAGUAGUGUAUAAUUUUUGGGAGGAGCAUUUUCUUUUCCCCAUGGCUGGUAUUUUCUGCCUCUUGGGUUAGGAAUACAGACCAGUUUGAUAUAGAAAGGAGGUUUAUUAAAGAUUCAGAUUAUGGUGCAGACUAGGCAUAAUGAAUAAUUAUAUUUUUAUUUGUGUUUACUAGAUAUGAGGUAUAUCUGGGGCUUGUGAAGCUCGUGUUGGUACUUAAAGAUAUAGUGAGGAUCAUUUAUUGCAUAUAUGCCAUGGAGUUGGGCAUCUGCAGUGUUGUUGUGACUAAAAUUGUCAGGAGAGAGGAUCUGUUUAACUGUUCAAUCCUCAAUUUGUUAUUUUUAGAUAUUAAGAAAAACUAAACCUUGUAUUUUAUAUUCUGUUGCUAGAAUAUUCUGCUCUAAAAUUAGACUGUGCAUCCAAAGAACAAAGGCACCCAAUACAGAUCAUACACACACACAUAAUACAUAUCACAUUUCUGCUUCUCUUUCAGCAAAUGAUGAAGCACAUGUUUUCCACCAUAUUUCCUUUUCAAGGAAACCUCAAAGUGUUUUCCUUGAACAUAGAUGAAUGCAAGUCUUGUAAUGCAUACAGUUAUAUUGCCUAACUUGACAGGACUUGCUUCAGCUUCAUCUUGCAAAUCAAAGCUGGAACUCUUCCUCUCAUGAAAAGGCUUGUGUUGGCAUUUUCUUCCUGUUUUUUUUUUUUUUUUUUUUUUUUUUUUUUUUUUGUCAUAUUAGAAAGGAAAAUGAGCUCAGUUCUUUUUUUAGAGUUAGUGGAAUGAGAGUGUAUAAUUAUAAAUAAUAGCAAGCCUGCCAUGCACUUCAUAAUGUACAUUUACACAGCAGAAUAGAUUAGUAUUUAAAUUUAACUAAAGCUCAACAUUUUAGAUUUAGAUUCAGGAGUUCAAAACUAUUUCAUGAAAACUAUCAUUGUAACAUUGAAUGCAGUGUAUAUUUUUUAUUAAUUCUAGGUUGUGAUUUCACUAAAGACACUAAAUUGUGUUUGUUGCGUUACCUUAUUUUUAGUCUCUCAGCUGUGUACAGUGUUACACUAAAUUGUGUUUGUCGCGUUACCUUAUUUUUAGUCUCUCAGCUGUGUACAGUGUUUUAUUUUUGUAUCUGUAUUUGUUUUCUUAUGUAAAAAAAGAGAUGCUCUUAGUAAAGCAGGUCAGUGCUUGGAAAUAUUGUGAUUUAUCAUAUAAGUGUUCUGAGACGAUGCAGUGUUUCCCAUUGUAUGGGAAUAUUUCUCAAGUCACUGGAUUCAUCAGACAGUGAUACUGUGUUGUGUGAACAGCAUAUGGGGUGUACACCACUGAGUAUUCAGGCUGCCACUGCUGCAGCAAGUGGCACAUACUGUGAAACAGACAACUUUUGGUGUCAGCACUGUACACAGUAGCUGGUAUGUUAUUGAUACAUCUGCAGGGAUUCCUGUGUGACAAAUGGUACCUGCUGAUGGUGAUUGCUAUAGAUAGCAUUACUUUUAACUUUGUAUACAUUGCUUGAUGCCUGCUGCUGAUUCGGCUCACAGUAGGAGUGCCAUAAGUGCCAAGCAUCAAGCCUGUAUAAAAACAAGGCAUUUACUGUCAUCUUGUUUGACUAAUGUCUGUGUGUGAGCAUAUCCAAGUUUUGGACUUUUGUUUUGGUUUGUUUCCUAACAAUGAUUUUGUCCCAGAAUUCAAUAACAAUCCAGAUUGUCUUACCAUGUGCUGAGUGAAACAAUAAAUCCCAUGAAUAUUGAA